GGCAUCAAAGAGAUGUCAGUGCGCGUCCCACCCUCGUGUGGUGCGCUUCAUAAUUUUUUACACGUAAAUAUAAACCUCGUGUACAAGAUUAGUAAUAAAUAUAUAUUUCAAGAAUAUAUCUCGCGAUGGAAGAUAUUCAAAAACUAGCAACACAAUUUGUCAGAAAGGGUGACCCAGUUCGCGGGUAAAGGAACCGGACAUUCUCUUCGGCGCGAUGAAUUCGAUCCGCCGAGAGGGCGAAAGAUGUUUCCACGCGAGGUCAGACCAGUUGUGAACCGGUGCCAGAGACGGGCAUGGACACUAAGACUCCACCGAUCCCGUUGAAGGUCCAGGAGAAGCCAAAACCGAGAUAUCAAGAAAGUGUGGCCGAUGUGUCCUUGCCCCCGCUGACACCGUACAGAAAUCAUCGUCAGAAACAAAAAAUCCCUGGAACACAGUGGUCGCAUAAUGUACCAAGUAGUAUACGAUAUCAGGAUCAUCAGAAAAAAAGGCCUUACAGAGUGCUUCAAAUCGGCGCGACGCCUUUGAUGCAUGCUUGCCAACAGGGCGACAGAGCAAGAGUUUUAAGAUUAUUGAAAGAGCAAGAGGAGACUAUUGGCUAUAAAGAUCGCACUCUAAGGAGCGCUUUACAUUAUUGCAUGGAUGCUGGAACUGGAGGUGCCGUCGCUGCGGCGGCACCGGAACUGGUGAAUGCACCAGACGCAGAAGGACACACACCUCUUCAUCUGGCUGUCAUCGCGGGUGACACUCAAUUAGUGGCUGUCCUAUUGGCGAAUGGUGCCGAUGUAAACGCCAAGGAUCUGGAGGGACACAGUGUUCUUCAUUGGGCUACCGUGUGUGGGGAAGCGGAAUGUGUUCGUCUGGUAUUAGCAGCGGGUGCUCAUCCAUCGACACCCGAUUUACGCGGAGGAUCUCCUCUUCAUUAUGCCGCUCAAUGUUGCGGUGCAGCUGCAACUGCUGAGCUUGCUGUACCUAAGAAAGUUGGUUUAAAAGUUCUUCAGACUCUUCUGGAAUUCGGUGCCGAUGUAAACGCGAAAGACGAGGAUGGAAGGCAGCCAAUUCUAUGGGCAGCAAGUGCUGGAAGUGUGGAAGCUGUGUUGGCAUUAGCUAGAGCCGGUGGUUCAGCUGCCGCAGGAGCUGCAGAUAAAGAUGGCCUGACAGCUCUUCAUUGCGCUGCUUCAAGAGGUCAUGCCAGAUGUGUCGAGGCGUUGGUUAAUCUCUGUGGUGCUCAUCCUGAUCAUGUAGACGAUAAUGGAUGUUCAGCUCUACAUUAUGCUGCCACUCUUGGCCACGCUGAUGCUACAGCUUUAAUUUUAAAGCUAGGAGCCGAUCCAAAUCGUCAAGAUCGAAAGGGUAGAACACCAGCACUUUGCGCAGCAGCCAAAGGUCAAUUGGAGACUUUGAAGAUACUUGCUCAACACGGUGGCUCUCUUUACGCAAGGACGGUACGUGGUACCGGUGUUGCCCAUGAAGCCGUCGCUUCCGGUAGAAUCGAGUUGAUCAAGUGGUUGGCAAAAAAACGUCCAAGCACUUUGGACGUGGCCACACANGAUGGCAAAACACCGUUGCACGUGGCAGCUCUCCAUGGACAUUUGGACGUGUGCAAGGUCCUUCUGGACAAUGGAGCGCGAAUCAAUGCCCUGCUUCGAACAAGCAAAGGCAAUUUGAUGACAGCCCUGGACGCGGCACUUUACAGAGGACACAGGGACUGCGCGAAAUUGAUCCAAAUGCACGGUGGUACCACGGCACAGAAACUGAGGAUGCAGAAAACUGUACCGAAUAAAGUGUUUGCACAGAAAUUACGAAUGAGACAUGUGGAUAGCAGUACCGACACAGAAAGCAGCCCUCAUAGACGAAGUCGCAGUUAUAAACUUCCAGAAUUGUACUAUGAGGAGCAGUGGAUUGAGAAGAGAACACGACGAAGAGGAAAUUUGAGGAAAUUGGCACGUCAGGAUAGCCGGAGUUUCAGCGAAGAGGAAGUUCGAUCCUCGAAAAAAGAUCAUCAAAGAAGAACUCGUAGCGAAUCAGCACGAUACGAGGAGGAAGAUACUGAUCGAAAAUUGAGAAGAAAAAGAAGUAAGAAACGAUCGACAAAAUCUAGACACGAUUCGAGCGAAUCUUCUAUAGAAUCAGAGGACGGUUCGAAAAAGAAAUUUGAUUCUCGAAAGGAAGAGAAUAAACUGGAUAAGAGUAACGGAACGGAGAACCGAGAAAACUUGAAAGGGGACGAGGAUGAUGAAAGCGUGAGUGACGACAGCCUAGAGGUGGUGGUGGUACGAAAAUCUUUGGAGAAGAAAUGCGAGAAGGUGAUAUCUGGAAGGAGAUCAAAGACGCCGAGGGAAAGUUCGAAAGAGAUGAAGUUGACGAAGACUCAUACAAGCACCAGAAGAAGAUUGAAAUCCAACAGGUCAAGAGCGUCUGAUAACGGUGAGAGUACAACAGAUAGGAUGCACUCGUUCGAAAAAGAGCAAAAAUCGAAAGAGGCCACGGUUCACAGUCGACAAACUCCUAGAACAUCGAUAGAUGAAGAUAAAGAGAAUAAUGGGGAGAAUAUUAUUGAAUGUCGAUAUCGAAGGGACGUAACCGAUAGCACUAGCCAAGAAACAGUUGAACGUGUCGUCGUGACAGCGAUGGUCCACAAAGAUCAAGGCCCAGAUACGCCAAAAUCCGUGGCCGAAACGUCGAAGGAAGUCACGUUUGACGAUAGAUUAAGAACGGAGGUGAUCGAGAUGGAGGACGUGUCGAGGGAAGCUGGUUCGAGCAAAGUCGAUGAUAUUUUAGAGCAGAGCGAUGAAUCGCGCAAUAAUCUCGUGCAAAAGGCUGCCAAUUUGAAGAAGGAUGUGGAAGAAAUGAGACAGCAAGGCGCGCAGGAGAAGAUCCAACAGGAGGACUCGAAGCAAAGCCAAGAGGGGAAAAAGGAAGAUGAAAAGGGCAUUGUUCGAAAUGUGAUUAAAGAAGAUGUAAAAUUAGAUAAAGAAGGUUUGAAAGAUGAGGAAAAAAUUGAAACCUCUUUAAUCGAAGAAAAUCAAGAGGAAGAUGAAAGUGAAAAAGGCAGGUUAGACGCACACGAGACGACAGAAUCUGAAAAUCCUGCAUUGGAUUCUCAGAAGCAGCAUGAACGUGAACAAGAAAGCGAGUUCGUUUCCAAAUCCGAUGGAACGUCAUCAGAAGGAAAAUCUGGCGAGAAUCUAGAUAAAGAAACUAGUGAGAAAACGGAUGUAUCUGAACACGUUUUGGAAAAAGAUCACGAAAAAUCCGACAAGACGAGCAAAUCUGAGAGUCCAGUCAGUCAAAAGGAUGUACGAAAGGAGACCACGCCGAGAACAGCUGUGGAAGAUGUUUCGCUGUCGGAAGAGGAAGAGAAAAAGUCGACACGGGAGGAAGUCAAAAGUAAAUCUAAAACCAAAUCUGGAACCGUAAAAAGGAGACCAUCGUUCGAUGACAGAAGAUCGAAAUCCUCUUCUUCGAAGUCGGACGAAAGUCCUAAAAAGAGUGGAGGAACCCACAGAAGGAAAGAAUCCACGAAAAAACGCGAAUCCUCCGUUAAAAAAGUUUCCAUGAAAAUUACAGAAAAAAUGGACAAAGAAGUUGCAAAAGAAACGUCAGAGGUGAGGAAAAAAACGGAGGAAACGAACGUACAAACGAAAGAAACGUCGAGCACGUUGAUAAAAACGUCAAUUAAAGGAUCACCGGAUCGAAAGGGACAAAUUCGUAGAAAAUCGGUCGAGUUUUCAUCGUCCAAAGACUCUGCGUUAGUGGAAGAUUCUGAGGAUAAGUCGUUAAGCACGGACACAUCGACUGCCAUGAAAAGAAAGAUGUCUGACGAGGGAGAAACCGUUCGAGAUUUGUCUCCGACGAAAUCUAAUUUGGAAGUUGAAAAGGAGGAAGAUGAGGCUAAGAAAGUGAAGAAACAUUCUGGCCAGGACGAUCUGGCGACAGAAGAAGAGAGCUUUCGAUAUAUUGAUGAAAGUUCCUCGAGCUCUCCGAAAUCGUCGCAUAGACGCUCGAGACCGUCGACGGGAAAAAUUAGGAAAGCUGGGCGAUCGUCGGUGAGAAAAUGUUUGUUCGAAAGUUCAGAAGAGCGUUCUCCAGACAGGAGCGCCAUAGUUGCGGUGAUCGAGAGUCCGGAAUGGGACGAAGAGGACGAAGAGGAGAUCGACAAGGAGAUCAGGGAUGCUAUCGGUGAGGACGCGGAACACGAGACGGAACCUGAUGACGAUAAUGAAAUGGGUGUCGUGAGGGUGCUGCCAAGUACGAGCGAGGAAGAGACGUCUCGAAUUGGCCACGAAGUUUGCAGAACUUCGGUGACUGACUCGUUACCUCAAGUAUCUAGUACACGAACUCGUCUGACACGAGUUCAAAGUCCUCAGGAAAGUAGAAGCAAUCGAUUGCAGGGGAAACAACGUCGCGACAGCGGUGGCAGAGAUAGCGGUAUAGAACCUAGUCCUCGAGUAUCAAGGAUACCAAGAAGAAGGAUUAUGAAAUGCUGCCCGAACACCGAUAAGCAGCAAACUCUUAACAUGGAGACCGUAACCAGGGAUGUACAGAUCACUCUACGACGAUAUCAUCUAGAAAGGAAGAUAUUUUUUCAAUUGAUGGAAUUGAAAAGAUUGCAAAUACGUCAUGGCAAAGCUAACGAACAAGUUUUGAUUAAAAGACAAGUGGAUGCCUUCCAUAAAGCGGGAAUGUCUGGUCCAACGCUUGGCGUGGCGAAAUACGAUCAACCUUUAACAUUCAGACAUUUUGAGGCUUUCUUGUACGAUCAACUCAGGAAACUUCAGAAAAGGCCAGCAACCCCAGAUUUCUGCACGGAAGCGAAACAAUGCACCCAAAAAACUCAUCGCUGUCAUCACGCUACAAGCGCUUACACCUCCUUCCCUGUGUACACAUAUCUAGGUGGAGGCGGCCAAGAACAAACGGAUCUUCUUCCGAAGAUAGAGAGUCGUGGAAAGGGACAGAUGACGGUAGAGGUAACGCAUGGAGAAGAAAAACAGAUAAUAGCUCUUCCAGCUGAAAGACUAGAUCGUUCCAAAAAAUAUUAUGUAACGUUUACUGUCAGAGGAGAAGCACAACAAGAAACUGAAAAGCCUAAAUCGUCGGUUGGUGUCCAAAGAAAUGCCAAAAGUGUUUAGAAAGUCUUCAAAUCACAUUUCCUAUAUCUUUCCAUUUUAGCAAUUCCGGCUACGAUUUUCUAUUUGGCUAUUCAAUAUCAAAAAUGUUUCUAUACUUUUAUAUCUUCUAUCAAUCAUAUUUCAUAGAUGCAAUUGUUUUACACCUGGGAUUUUUUACAUAUUAAAAAUGUAUAAUAUGUUUUCUACAUAUUAAUUGUAUAAAUUAAUUUCACGACAAAGCAAUGAUUCCCCAUAUAUUACUAAUUUUAUGAGUAAAAACUGCCAGAGGAAACUGUUCACGUGUACGGGAAAAAUAUAUUCUGUACAAAUUAAUGUCAUUGUAAAAAUAUUAAAUUAUAUUAUAUUAUAAAAAUGUAAAAUUGUAAAAUGAAUCAAAAUGUAUUUUAUGUA